CUUAAGUGUAAAGUGUAAACAAACGAUAAGGAAACGAGUCCAGUGGGCAGUCAGGCCAUCAAUUCGUCUUCGACAUGGAAAAAUCCUUAGAAAAGCAGCUGGAAGAAGCAUUCCGCAUGCCUGGUGUUUCUGGAAUUGUAUGUGUUGACAAUAAUGGACUUUGUCUUGGAUCCAAAGGUACAGUCCCCAAACAGUCGUGCGGGUCAUUGAGUGCUCUAACCCAACAAGCUUCUAAGCUGUCAACUGGUGCCAACGGCCCAACACCUGUCAUCUGUUUGGAAUCUGAGCAUGGGACAGUCCUCAUAAAGAAAACAGACAAGCUCACCACAGCCAUCUUUAAAACUAGCUGAUUUACCUCCCUUACCAUGUAGAAUUGUCUUUCUUGUUCAUGUUUUAUUGAACUUUUAAUUUUUCUGCUGUGUAUAUAAAGCAUGUUGCUUUAAAGUUAAAGAAACAUAAAAUAUUACCUGUGUCAGCUAUACAUUAUGAUAAGUUAUAGUUUUUUUUUUAUUUCUGUAUAUAACUAUGAAAUGGAUGCUUUGCAUUUUAGUGCAAUAUCAUACCUCUAGAAAAUUAAGUAUACAAUAGUAUUGUUCUGUAAUUCAUUUAUCAUGUUUGCUGUAUUUGUAUAAGGAGAUAAGUUUGUAUUUUAGCAUGUUUUAAUCAAUAAUCCAACCUUCCUCUGUGUUGUUUACCUCACCCAUCACACCUUCAUCCCACACAAAAAGUUGGUACUGGAAUUCAUACUCACAUCACUGGUGUGUGUUGGAAUGUUUUGGUGGGGGAAAAAACAAAAGAUAAUUGUGAAGUAUGCACUUAUUAUUGUAUGUAUAUAUAGUUGUGUGUGUUAGUGGUAUUUUAUCAAUGACUUUAAACAGAAGAUAAAAUACCGCAACAGUAUUUAAUUGAUAUGUAUCAACUUUCAGUCUACAAGCAGUGACUGUUCUACUAGCUGUCAAUGUUUAACCCCCCCCCCCCCCCUCCCUCAUCAGAGUGAUAACAGGUUUUUAAAUCUAAACAUUUUUAAUCUUCAGAAAGAGAGAUUUUGUAUGUUUUGAUCAGCCAUGUUGUAUGUGGAGAGAAUGGUUGUACAUAUGAAACUUGAUAGCAUUUAUAAAUGGUAAAUGUACGAGAAGAUAUGUUCAUCUGUGUCUUUAUUUUUUUAUCAAAUGAAAACAGUUUUUCAGAUGUAAUCUGUACAUAAAUUGAGAUUUUAAUAAAUUCCAUUGAAGUAUU